AUGCGCCGCCGCGUUUCCGCUAGGGACGGGGACGAGGCCAGCAGCAUGGCUAAAGAAGUGCAGGCGCCGCGAGUGCAGUACCUGCCCGAGUCCAGCUUGCACCAGGUGGGCGCUCCCCUUCCCCCAUCCACCCCUCCCCUCCCCCCACCCUCCCCUCCCCUCCCCCCACCCACCACUAAUGAGGCGCCUCAAGAGGCGCCGCGAGUGCAGUACCUGCCCGAGUCCAGCUUGCACCAGGCGCCUCAAGAGGCGCCGCGAGUGCAGUACCUGCCCGAGUCCAGCUUGCACCAGGCGCCUCAAGAGGCGCCGCGAGUGCAGUACCUGCCCGAGUCCAGCUUGCACCAGGCGCCUCAAGAGGCGCCGCGAGUGCAGUACCUGCCCGAGUCCAGCUUGCACCAGGCGCCUCAAGAGGCGCCGCGAGUGCAGUACCUGCCCGAGUCCAGCUUGCACCAGGCGCCUCAAGAGGCGCCGCGAGUGCAGUACCUGCCCGAGUCCAGCUUGCACCAGGCGCCUCAAGAGGCGCCGCGAGUGCAGUACCUGCCCGAGUCCAGCUUGCACCAGGCGCCUCAAGAGGCGCCGCGAGUGCAGUACCUGCCCGAGUCCAGCUUGCACCAGGCGCCUCAAGAGGCGCCGCGAGUGCAGUACCUGCCCGAGUCCAGCUUGCACCAGGCGCCUCAAGAGGCGCCGCGAGUGCAGUACCUGCCCGAGUCCAGCUCGCACCAGCCCGAGUACAGCUCUCACGCUCACCAGGUGGGCGCUCCCCUCCCACCACCCACCCCUGCUGCCGUGCCGUGCCCCACCUGCCCUUGCCGCCUCUGCAUUUCCGCAUUCUUGCUCUCGUCCGUGCACGGGCACUCUCUCUCUCUUUCACAGCGCACCCUCUCUCUUUCACAGCGCACUCUCUCUCUUUCACAGCGCACCCUCUCUCUUUUACAGCGCACUCUCUCUCUUUCACAGCGCACCCUCUCUCUUUCGCAGCACACUCUCUCUCUUUCACAGCGCACUCUCUCUCUUUCACAGCACACUCUCUCUCUUUCACAGCGCACCCUCUCUCUUUUACAGCGCACUCUCUCUCUUUCACAGCGCACUCUCUCUCUUUCACAGCGCACUCUCUCUCUUUCACAGCGCACUCUCUCUCUUUCACAGCUCACUCUCUCUCUUUCACAGCACACUCUCUCUCUUUCACAGCGCACCCUCUCUCUUUCACAGCACACUCUCUCUCUUCCACAGCGCACUCUCUCUCUUUCACAGCACACUCUCUCUCUUUCACAGCGCACCCUCUCUCUUUCACAGCACACUCUCUCUCUUUCACAGCGCACCCUCUCUCGCGCACUCUCUCUCUUUCACAGGGCACUCUCUCUCUUUCACAGCGCACCCUCUCUCUUUCAGAGCGCACUCUCUCUCUUUCACAGCGCACCCUCUCUCUUUCACAGCACACUCUCUCUCUUUCACAGCGCACUCUCUCUCUUUCACAGCACACUCUCUCUCUUUCACAGCGCACCCUCUCUCUUUCACAGCACACUCUCUCUCUUUCACAGCGCACCCUCUCUCGCGCACUCUCUCUCUUUCACAGCGCACCCUCUCUCUUUCACAGCACACUCUCUCUCUUUCACAGCGCACCCUCUCUCUUUCACAGGGCACUCUCUCUCUUUCACAGCGCACCCUCUCUCUUUCACAGCGCACUCUCUCUCUUUCACAGCGCACUCUCUCUCUUUCACAGCGCACCCUCUCUCUUUCACAGGGCACUCUCUCUCUUUCACAGCGCACCCUCUCUCUUUCACAGCGCACCCUCUCUCUUUCACAGCGCACCCUCUCUCUUUCACAGCGCACCCUCUCUCUUUCACAGCACACUCUCUCUCUUUCACAGCGCACCCUCUCUCUUUCACAGGGCACUCUCUCUCUUUCACAGCGCACCCUCUCUCUUUCACAGCGCACUCUCUCUCUUUCACAGCGCACUCUCUCUCUUUCACAGCGCACCCUCUCUCUUUCACAGGGCACUCUCUCUCUUUCACAGCGCACCCUCUCUCUUUCACAGCGCACCCUCUCUCUUUCACAGCGCACCCUCUCUCUUUCACAGCGCACCCUCUCUCUUUCAGAGCGCACCCUCUCUCUUUCACAGGGCACUCUCUCUCUUUCACAGCGCACCCUCUCUCUUUCACAGGGCUCUCUCUCUCUUUCACAGCGCACCCUCUCUCUUUCACAGCGCACUCUCUCUCUUUCACAGCGCACCCUCUCUCUUUAACAGCGCACCCUCUCUCUUUCACAGCGCACCCUCUCUCUUUCACAGCGCACUCUCUCUCUUUCACAGGGCACCCUCUCUCUUUCACGGCGCACGCUCACCCGUUUGCUGCUGCGCCCUGCCACUCGCUCUUGAUCACCCACCACGUGCACCCAUCAACCUCUCUGUGUGCUAUCAUGUGGGGCCACGAGCAAGCAGGUGUGCUGAAAAAACAUACUCACCCGUUUGCGGCUGCGCCCUGCCACUCGCUCCUGAUCAAUGAUCACCCAACACGUGCGCUCAUCACCCUCUGUGUGUGCUACACGGUGCAGCGCGGUGGGGAGUACGAGGUGGAGGUGGUGCUGCCAUGGACCAACGCCUUCCUGCUGCGCCAGGCCGUCAACCCCAACCUCGCCUCCGGCUUCUUGAGGUCCAAGGUCGUAGCUCAACGCAACAUCACCAUUGCUGCCGCCACCGCCCUCCAUGCUUUGGAGAAUGGGACAGAUUCGACUCAAAUGAGUGACCAGAGCCUGCCGCGGUGCACGUUCAGCCUGUUGCGCGAGUCACGGCAUGCGGGCUUCUGGCGAGGGAACACGUGGCACCCCACGGCCUGCCGCCUGCCUGCCCGCAUCACGCCCGCACGCAUCGGGCGCUGCCUACACGGCAAGAGCGUCCUCAUUCUAGGGGACUCGGAGAUGCGUUACCUGUUUGGCCACCUGCAGAUGUUUCUACACUACCGCACGCGCUGCCACUACCUCAAGCGCUACCACAGCCAGCCCAGGGCGGUGCACAAAGUGCGGGUGUGGAACGUGGUGCUGAAGGAGGGGCCACCACUGGACCCCAGCACAGGCAUGGCCUUGGCUCUCAACUACAGCACGUCCUGUGGCAGCACCACCUACUGGGGUCACUUCUGGAGCGGCUUCGCCCUGCAGCAGGUGCUCGUGCGUCCAGUGCGGCGGGGCGGCCGUGCGUUCAGCUUCAACCUCACCUAUGCCACGCACCUGGAGUCAAACACUGUUGUCUUCGACGACUGGCGCUCCUCCCCCAACCUCACAGGCGGCCCCACCGCCACUCACUUCGCUCCGUUCGACGUAGUGGCAGGGUCAUUUGGCCUGCAUGACGUCACACGCAGCAGUAAUGCACUGGAGAUGGCAGAGGCAUUCAAGUCGGUGUUUCUGCCUUCACUCCGGUCAGUGGUUCGCGAUCCGGACAGGGUCACCUUUUUUGGAAUCUGGGCAGCGCAAGAGAAGAAUAAGGCGCAGAGAUUUCUCCACAAGAGCAACAACGUCAGAGGGUUCACAUUCGAUGACAAUGUAGCCAG